AUGGCAUUGGCAGCUCAACUCGUAGCUUUGCAUAACACAGUGAAAGAUUUGGCCAAGGUUAUGGAAGAAUCCAAGCAACCAGCACCUACUCCAAUAGUUGUUAUAGCACCUAUAUGCUCACUUUGCUAUGGUACUCAUGCCUUUGAAGAAUGCCCCAGCAACCCAACAUAUGUUCUUUAUGUGGGAGGCUUCAAUUACAAUUACAACAACCACAACCAAUUUGAUCAGCAAGGAUGGCAUAACCAAGGAUGUAAUUUUGCUCAAAAUCAAGGCCAAAAUUACCAAUACCAGCAGCCUUAUCAUGGAUGGCAGGAGUCAUUUGAACUGGAUGAACCUUAUUUUGUGCAGCCUCCUUUUGCUGAACAGCUAGAACAACCUGCUGCAGAAGCUCAACCUCCAAAUGAGCAGUGGAUGAAUCAAAUGCUACAAAACCAUGAAGCUAUGCUUAAAAGUCAUGGAGCUAUCUUGAAGAGCCUUGAGAUACAAAUGGGGAAAAUUGCCUCUGCCCUUAGUAGUAGACCUUUGGGAACACUACUAAGUGACACAGAAAUACCUAAGAGGGAUGGAAAAGAAGUGUGCAAAGCCCUCCACUUGAGGAAUGAGAGAGAGGUGGAUCAGUCGGAUCCAGUUGUAAGCCCAUCUACCUUGAAGAAAUUGAUUGAGAAAGUAGGGCAGCAAGUGGAUAACACUAUUACAGCCCAACCAUCAACCACUCAAUCCUCACCUAAAGACAAAGAUGAUGAUGAGGAAACUACUGCUGAACCAUUAAGGGCAGCAUUGAAAUCAAAUGGAUUUCAUCAACCUAUAUCAAAGGCAAGACAUAUCCAUUUUCCUCAAAGCCUCCAAGAGCAACAACAAGAGCACUGUCUCUCCAACAAUUUGCCACCCAAACUGGAAAAUCCAGGCUCUUCUUUAAUUUCAAGUGCAUUAGUAGAUAGGUCACUUCCACACCAUGAUGGAAAAUUAGAGAACAAAUUAGUGAAAAUUUAUAGGUUUAUUUUUCCUACAAAUUUCAUAAUAGUUGAUUUUGAAGCUAACAAGGAUGUGCCUAUUAUGUUGGAUAGGCCAUUCUUAGUUAAAGAGGAUGCUAUAAUUGAAUUUAAACCAGAAGAAUUAACCAUGGGAGUUAAUAAGGAAAAGAUGACUUUUAAUGUCUUGAAAGUCAUGGAUGAGGAUUCUAAUAAUUGUUCUGCUAUUUCUGUUUGGGAUCAUCUUGUUAAUGAUCAUGUGUUUUUAAAUAGAGAAAAUACCAACUUAUGA